UGCUCCGUAUGUGGUAGUCGCAAGAUCCGCAGAGUUGCUUGUGGCGAAGCGCUGAGCUGAUAGCAAGCAAGCCUCCUUCGUACCUCCAAGAUGUCCGAGCAAGCAAGCAGUGAUAGCGCCCCAGCCUUACCAUCCAAAGCUGUGUCGAAUGGUGCUCCUCCCCGCUUCGACCUGCCGAUACCUGACCGAGCAGACGUCAUAACGGACAACGUCCUCAAGCUUGCUGAGGCAACACCAAAUCCACGGCUGAGGUUCAUCUUCCAAACUCUCAUCAAGUACCUUCAUGGACUUGUCAAUGAAACCGAUCUCACUACAGAUGAGUGGAUGGCAGCUAUCCAAUUUCUGACUCGUGUGGGGCAGAUGUGCACUCCUCUUCGUCAAGAGAUGAUCCUCCUCUCAGAUGUACUUGGGGUUUCGGCGUUGGUUGAUUCUCUUAACAAUCCCGUGGAAGGAAACGCCACUGAAAACACAGUGCUUGGCCCUUUCUAUACGGACGAUACUGUGCACAUCGCGAACGGUGAAGGUAUCGCAUCUGAGGGCAAAGGAGAGUACAUGUAUGUCGAAGGCCAGGUCUUAACUACGGAAGGAGGGCCAAUACCAGGGGCCAUUAUCGAUACGUGGGAGUCGGACUCAGAUGGCUUUUACGACACACAGUAUAGCAACCGCUCUCACCCCGAUUGUCGCGGACGUCUUCGAUCUGCCGACGACGGAAGCUUUGGUUUCCGUGCUAUAGUACCAGUUGCUUAUCCUAUUCCCGGAGAUGGACCGGUGGGCGAGCUUCUGCUUACCAUGAAUCGUCACAAUAUGCGUCCAAAUCACUUGCAUAUGAUGGUCGAGGCACCUGGAUAUCACAAACUUGUCACUGCGUUCUAUCCGGAAGGUUGCAAAUUUAUUCAAAGUGACAGUGUUUUUGGGGUCAAGAAAUCCCUUGUAGUUAAAUUGGAGCAAAUCGAUGAUGAUGAUGAAGCUCGCAAACGAGGGUUCCCUGCGGGCGCCUCUUUUAAGCUCAUGCGAUUGAAGAUCGUCAUGCUGACGAACGAACAAUUCAAGUCUUACCGCGCCAAGAAUGCGAAAUCGAAAGAAACGGUGUGAUACCGGUGCUCUUAGCAUGAAUGAUUCGUUACAUACCCAGGAGGCGGGGUGGUGUUGUUUGUUGUAAGUUAGUGUAGCCUGGGAGUCUCCUGCUUAUGCCGUAUUAUGUACUUGAUAUGCUUUAUAAGCUGUAUACGUCUGCCGGAAAUUCUUACUCCUAUCGUGUGUGGUAGUCAAGGGCAGGGUUUCGAGUAUCGCAGUUCGAGGUCCGUGGCAGAUGUAUCCUCCCAGAUCUGCCCACAGUACUACUUACUGAGGUGUAUUAGACCUGAAAUUGAAAU